AUGAGCACGGAUCUGGAUCGCAUGUCGUUGAGUUCCUCCGCGAACUCGGUGGCAUCCAGCUCCCGCUCGCUGUCUGUCAAUGUCAAGAAACUACACAAUGCGCUCAACCUGCUGCUGAGCGACUUUGAAAGGGAGCAGUUCAUCCACUGUCUGAAUGUGUACCACUCCAAGCGCAACGUCUACGACCUGGUCCAGACACUCAGGGUCAUCCUCAACGCACCCAGCAAACGUCAGCUGCUGCCCAUGUUGCGGCUUGUAAUUCCGCGCUCAGACCAACUUUUGUUUGACCAAUACACAUCGGAAGGUCUAUAUUUAAAAUCGGAUUUCUUAGCGAGCAAUGACAGCCCUGACUCAGCUCCGGACUGUGGUAACGCAAGUACCACGCUCGCCACGGUUUAUCCAUCUCAGGCACAACGUUCUGCAGACACUAGCAGCGCCAGCAGUGACAGCGGUACUACCCUGGUGCCACUGCCGCCGGGAAGCCGCUUUUUGUAUGAACCUCUUGGAGAGCUCCGACAGGUGGUCCUCAAGCGGCACAAGGGCAACGACGGUUUGGGUUUCAGCAUCCGCGGGGGCUCCGAGCACGGCGUCGGCAUCUACGUAUCGCUAUUGGAACCUGGUUCUCUUGCCGAAAAAGAGGGACUACGAGUGGGCGAUCAGAUCAUGAAGGUCAACGACAAAGUCUUCGAGAGUAUCACACACGCGGAGGCUGUUAAGGUUCUGAAGGGCAAUAAGAAGCUGUCCAUGUCAGUGCGGUCCGUGGGCCGCAUUCCCGGUGGUUACGUGACCAAUCACGUGUACACGUGGGUGGACCCGCAGGGUCGGAGCAUAUCCCCGCCCCCAGACCUGACGGAGCACCACAGCGCCUCUGUCCCACUGCGGCGCAGGGACAGCCAGAGACGCAGUAACAUGCAACUGCUGCAGGAUGGCGAUGAGAAAAAGGUUAAUCUGGUUCUGGAUGAUGGCCGUUCCUUGGGCCUGAUGAUCCGUGGUGGGUCUGAGUAUGCGCUCGGCAUCUACAUCACUGGAGUGGACUGGGGUUCGGCUGCAGAGUUUGGGGGACUGAAGGUGGGUGACCAGAUUUUGGAGGUGAACGGUCACAGCUUCCUGAGCAUCCCACAUGACGAGGCCGUGCGCAUCCUCAAGUCGUCUCAUCACCUGAUGAUGACGGUCAAGGACGUGGGCCGUCUGCCUCACGCUCGCACCGUCGUCGGGGAGACCAAGUGGAUCAGCAGCUCCCAAAUCACAGAAAGUUCAACCACUGGCAGUGUGGCAGGACUUCAUCUCGACCAAGGAACAUUGGAAACAUCAGGAAAACCGGGCUUCUACAAGGGUGUAGCGGGAUCCCAGGUGACCCUCUCCAGCCUGGUGAACCAGAGUCGAGCCAUGCUGGAGGAGCAGGCGCGGCACCUCCUGACGGAGCCCGAGAGGCAGACCAUGGGCUACUACCUGGAGGAGUACAAGGAGGGCCACGUCGGAGUGGAGCAGCUGGUCAUGGCCCUGUUUGAGCUGCUCAACACCCACGCCAAGUUCUCGCUGCUGUCUGAAGUGCGAGGCCUGGUGACCCCUCAGGAUUUGGAGUGUUUCGACGGCAUGGUCCUCCGACGCGAGAUUGAUGCUCUGAAGGCCCGGCAGGGUGGUGCAGAGGCAGCCGCCCUCCAGCCAGACUCCUACUCCGUGUUGUCCUACCCAGACACACUGGCCUCCUCAUCAGCCAGCUUCAUGACCAACACCACACUCAGCUCAGCACGGAGCGACAGUGCGGUGGAGAGUACUGGUGAGGAGUUGGACCCCCCGGAGAGCAUCAACGCAUUGCUGCCUGACAUAUCUCUGGACGAGGUGCAAUCUGGGACAGACUCGCCCCCUCCUUUCAAACCUCCACCUCCGCCAGGCGUCCAGAGGAAACAGAGCCGACGGGAGCCAGCCACCAAAAAGCCUUCCUCCGAGUCCUCCCACUCUGGCUUGUAUUUCACCGCGCCCUCCACUACCUCCUCCACCCAGUCCUCCCAACACUCAGUCACAAAAGAGCCCAAGCGGUCGCCCACGGCCAAGGCGUCCUCCUCCUCCACACCUCGCCAACCCAAUCAGGGUGGUGCCCCUGCGACACGGCUGUCCAUGGUCAACCAGCACAACAUCGGCCCGUUCCCACGUGUUCAAUCCCCCACGCGCAACAAGGCGGGAACUGCCCCACACCACCACCACCACCAGCAACAAGACCCUCAGCAUACACCUCCUCCUCCUCCCCCUCAUCCUCCAUCGCUGCCGGCCUCUAUGCUGUUGCCCUCCCCUGGUGCCUCUCCUUCUUCCAUAACGCCACCGUCGCCCCUGUCUCGACACACGCCCCCAACAACACCGCCCUCUGCCUCGCCUGACAAAGCCUCACCCUCCUCCUCCUCCUCCCCGGCAGGCAGUCAGCAAUUUGUGACGGUGGAGGUACACCGACCUAAUGCAGAACCCGACGUCAACGAGGUCCGACCACUCCCACAGGCACGAGGUGCUGGUCUCUCCCAACUAUCAGACAGUGGUCAAACUUUGAGUGAGGACAGUGGGGUGGACAUUGUUGAGUCAGGACACCUCAGCAAAGAGAGUAGUCCCCGUCCUGCCCGGCCGCGAGCCCCCAGGGAGGACCCUGGAGGGCCUGGGGAGCCCUUCCCAAAAACGCCGGGUCUCCUGGAGCCUACGUCCACUCUGGUGAGGGUCCUCAAGUCAGCCGGCACCCUGGGCAUCGCCAUAGAGGGAGGUGCCAACACACGCCAGCCUCUACCACGCAUCGUCACCAUUCAGAGGGGAGGGUCGGCCCACAACUGCGGUCAGCUGAAGGUGGGGCAGGUCAUCCUGGAGGUGAACGGCGUGCCGCUACGAGGCCGGGAGCAUCGAGAGGCCGCACAGAUCAUCGCCGACGCCUUCAAAACCAAAGACAGAGACCACAUAGACUUCCUAGUCACAGAGUUCAACGUGACACUUUAGGAGGUAACGAAGCUUGUGGUGCAGCCCUCA